GCAUGCGCAGCGGCGUCGGCCGGAGGAGACGGAGGGACGGAGCCGCCCGGCAGCUCGUCGGCCCCGCUCAGCCCCGCCGGGCCCCGCCGCCCCCGGAGACGUCGCAGCGAGGCGGAACCGUCCCCGCUGAGGGCCGCCAUGGCGGAGGAGCGGCUGGAGGUGCUGGUGAAGACGCUGGAUUCGCAGACCCGCAGCUUCCAAGUGGAGCCGGAGAUCUCGGUGCGGGAGUUCAAGGAGCGCAUCGCCGGCGCCGUCAGCAUCGCGGCCGAGAAGCAGCGCCUGAUCUACCAGGGGCGGGUGCUGCAGGACGACAAGAAGCUGAAGGAAUAUAAUGUGGGGGGCAAAGUGAUCCACCUGGUGGAACGGGCCCCCCCCCAGGCCCAGUCCCCCUCCUCGGGGGGUCCCUCAGGGCUAGGGUCCUCCUCCACCCCCCACAAUGGGGGCGGCCCCCGGGGGCCCGGCCACGACCGCAACGCCAACAGCUACGUCAUGGUGGGGACCUUCAACCUCCCGAUCGACGGUUCUUCCGUUGACGUCCACAUCAAUAUGGACCAGGGCCCCGUCCAGAGCGAGCCCCGCAUGCGGCUGCUGGUGGCCCAGCACAUGCUGCGGGACAUCCGGCAUCCUGAACCGCCUGGAGGGCAGCAGUGGGGCCCGCUCGCCCGCCCAGGCCGAGGGGCCCCCCCCGCCCCUCCCCGAGGAGCCCCCCGCGGAGGCCCCCGCCACCCCCCCCGAGGAGCGGAUGGAGGCCUCGGAACCGGCAGUGACGGGCAGCGAGGAGCCCCCCCAGCCCGGCCCCGAGCCCCCCCCGGCCCCGGAGGGUGCGUCAACCACCCCUCGCCGGCCGAGCUGGUGGAGGUGCUGGGGGAGCUGCGGCGGCUGGAGGGGCGGCUGGAGCCCUUUCGCCAGCGCUACCAGGAGAUCCUGGGCAGCGCCGCCUCCGCCGACUACAACAACAACACGGAGGGGCGCGAGGAGGCGCAGCGCCUGGUGAACCUGGUGGGCGAGGGGCAGCGGCUGCUGGGAAACGCGCUGGUGGCGCUGUCGGAGCUGCGCUGCAACCUGGGGGGGCCGCCCCCCCGCCCCCUCCACCUCGCCCGGCCCCUCCCCCACUACGGCCCCCCCAUGCUGCUGCAGCAGGCCGCCAUCCCCAUCCAGAUCAACGUAGGCACCACGGUGACGAUGACGGGGAACGGGGCGCGGCCCCCCGCCCCCCCCGGCCCGGCUGAGAGCCCCCCGGGGCCCCCUUCUGCCCCCCCAGCCGCCCCCGGGGAUCCCCCCGAGGGGCUGCCGCCCCCCCCGGGCCCCCCCCAGCCUUCGGGCCCCCCCGGGGCGCAGCCGGGGCCCCCCCGCGUCAUCCGCAUCUCGCACCAGACGGUGGAACCCGUCGUCAUGAUGCACAUGAACAUCCAGGACUCCGGCUCGCAGGCAGCAGGGGGCGCAGCCGGCCCCCCCCGGGCACGGUUUGGGCAUGGGGGGACUGGGGGCCCUGGGGGGCACCGGGGGAGCACCUCGGCCCCCCUGCAGCUGCCCCCGCUGCCCCCCGAGUUCCUGCAGGCCGUGGCCCACCAGAUCACCCAGCAGGCCGUGGCCGCCGCCGCCUCCGCCGCCACAGGCCAGGCUGUCGGGGGGUUCCAGGCCCCCGCCCGGGUGGUGAUCGCCCGCCCCACGGCGCCCACCCCCCGCCCCACGCACCCCGGAGCCCCCCAGGCCACCGCCACCCCCGCCCCCGGGGGGGGCGCGUCGCUGGCGCAGGUGAUCAGCGGCCUCGUGGGGCAGCUCCUGAUGCAGCCGCUGGUGCUGGCCCAGGGCGGCUCCUCUUCGGCCUCGCCCGCCCCUCCCCCCGUCUCCUCCUCCUCCUCCUCGGGCCCCCCCCCGACCCCCCCCACCGCCACCACCCCCCCUCCCACCGCCCCCUCCCCCACGGCGGGGGGGGCCCCGGGGGUCCGGUGCCCUCGGCCUCGGCCCCGCCCGCCUCCUCCUCCUCCUCCCCCUCCCCCCCCCGCGGGCGGGGCCGAGGAGCCCCCCCUGGCCCAGCUGCUGGGGGGGCUGCUGGGGGCGGGGCCAGCCCCUGCUGUCGCCGUGGCGAUGCCCGGAGUGCCCGCCUUCCUGCAGGGCGUGGCCGACUUCCUCCAGGCCACCCAGGGCAGCCCUGCCCCCCCGGCCGACGCUCCUCCCCCCAGCGACUCGGCCCCGCCCCCCUCCGACUCGGCCCCGCCCCCCUCCCCGCCCCCGCCCCCCGAGGGCUCCCCCCCUUCUCCCCGCCCCCCUCCGCGGGGGGGGCUCGGCCGGGGGGGCCCCCCGAGGCGCUGCCCCGAGUUCUUCACCAGCGUGGUGCAGGGCGUGCUCUCCUCCAUGCUGGGCUCCCUGGGCGCGCCCCCCCCCGGCCCCCCCGAGAGCAUCGCCGCCUUCCUGCAGCGCCUGAGCGGGUCCCCGGCUUCCUCGAGGGGGGGGGGGUUUUUCGGGGCGCUGCUGGCGCUGAUCUGCCAGCACCUCUCCAUGGUGGACGUGGUGCUGCUGCUGCACGGGCGCUGCCAGCCCCCUCCAGCGCCUGCAGCCCUCCUGCGCCGCUGCUUCCGCCAGCGAUACCUGGGGGGGCGCGAGCCCACCGACGCCAACGUACGGGCGGCCACACACACCCUGAUCACGGCUGAGGAAUUCAUCCGCGAGAGCUUCGCUGGGGUGCGGGUGGCCGAGGGGGUCGACAUCACCCGCACCAACGUGGAGUUCCUGCAGGAGCAGUUCAACCGCAUCGCGCUGCACGUCCUGCGCUGCACCGACGGGAGCUUCGGGCCGCGGCUGCUGGAGCUCUGCACGGGGCUGUUCGAGUGCCUGGCCCUGAACCUGCACUGCCUGCGGGGGGAGCGGGCGGCGCUGGGGGCCCUCAUCAGCGACCGCAUCCGGCGGCUGUCGGCGGACGUCUCCCCGUCGCUGGUGAGCUGGCUGACGGCCGUGGUGGGGAUGCGGCUGCAGGCCGUGCUGGAGCAGAUGCCCGUCACCCCCCGAGCAGUCCUGCCCUAGUGCGCCGCCUCGGCGACCCCGCCUCCCGCCAGCCGCUGCCCGAGGAGCCAAUGGACAUGCAGGAGGCGGAGCCGCCCCCCGGAGGAAGCGCAGCGGGACGGCGCCGGUUCCCCGGCCCCCGCCACCACGGCGGAGGAGGCCCUGCCCCCCGAGAGCGAGCCCUGGGCGGCCGCCGUGCCCCCGGAGUGGGUGCCCAUCAUCCGCGAGGACAUCCAGACCCAGCGCAAGGUGAAGCAGCAGCCGCCCCUCAGCGACGCCUACCUGACCGGCAUGCCCGCCAAGCGCCGCAAGACCAUGCAGGCCGAGGGCCCCCCCCUGCUGCUGGCCGAAGCCGUGGGUCGCGCCGCCCGCGCCGCCGGCGCCCGCCCCCUCGGCCCCCCCGAGAGCCUCAGCCGGGAGCUGAGCGAGGGGCCGCUGCAGGAGGGGUACCGCCAGCAGCUCCAGGCCGACCUGCAGCGGCGGCUGCGCGAGGACCCCGACUUCUCCCCCCGGCGCUUCCCCAACGCCCACCGGGCUUUCAACGAGGGGCCCCCCCGCGGCCCCACCCAAUAAAGGCUCCGCCCCCUGGCCCCCCCGCCCCCGGGCCGGGCUCCGCCCCCAA